AUCAUUCCGCGCAAAAUUUUACCGUAAAUCCUGCGUUAUUCAACUAAAAAUUCUAGUUCCAUUUAGAAAACAUCUUUUGCACAACGAUUCCUAGGCUUAAGCACACAUCCCGUUGAUUCCAUUGUUCUUUACCCCAGCAGAGAGCAGAAAAAACAUGGCACACCAGCAGCUGUCAAAACAACCAUAAACAUUCACCACGUCAAUGCGGGGAGGCGUUUAAUCAGCUGGUAAAUUGCGCGAGAAAAUUCAAACCAAAGCUAAACUGCGUGCGAUAAGGACGUAGACGAGGGACACGUAAACGAUUUCGGUGCAUUUAACAAACAAAAAGUGUAAAGGAAAGUGUUCAGUGAUUGUAGCAUGCAGGCAGCAUCAUCACCAGCAGCACCAGCACAACCAUGACUUUCGACAUCGAGCGCAAGCGUUUGGAGCUUUGCUACGGCACUUUCGGAACAAACGCCAAUGGCACUGCCUCGGCCACCUCCGCCAAGGGCAGUGGAAGUGAAAGGAAGCGAAGGAAAAGUUCCACCUCGUCCGAACAGUCCACACCCUAUCGGCGCACGAAGCGCUCCGGAAGUGGGACGAUGUCUGAUCCCGCCAAGGAACAACAACAACAACAACAACGAUGGCAGCACCUGCGACCGUCCAAGUGCCAUGUUAUCACCAUCUUUGCCAGCGGGGUGCUGUUCUCCCUGCUGAUGCUUACCCUGCUGGACUUUGUACCGUCCUCGCCCCACCGGCCGGGGGCGGCGCCGGGUCCACUGCGGCGCGUCGGUUCCGACGGUGGCAGGGCACUGUACGCCCCACGCCAUCUGCCGGAUGAGUCGCUGCUAAGGUUGGCGGAUGAGACGCGCGUGAUGGAACCGUACCUGCCGGUCAUAACCAGAGGGAAAACGAAAACGGCCGAGGAGCAGCAGGACACACUCACGAACGAGCAGGAAGCGCUCGGGUCGCUUAAAAUGGCGCUCGAAAUGAAGCAACUCGGCAAGGACGAUAAAGCGCUCAGGCUGUUCCAGCAUGCGCUGGCCCUCUCGCCACGGCAUCCGGAAAUUCUGACCAAGUACGGCGAGUUCCUGGAGCACAACCGGCAGGACGUGGUGUCGGCCGACCAGUACUACACGCAAGCGCUCACGGUCAACCCGUACUACACGGAGGCGUUGGCCAACCGGGAGCGAACGGCCCAGAUCGUGGAGCAGAUGGAUGCGAAGCGGUUCGAGGCGCUGGACCGGAAGCGCGACGCCCUCAGCUCGGUGCACUCGUCCAACAUGGCGCUGAAGCGGGCGGAAAAGGAAGCGUACAUACAGCACAUCUACCAUUCGGUCGGCAUCGAGGGCAACACGAUGAGCUUGGCGCAGACCCGCUCCAUACUGGAAACGCGCAUGGCCGUCGAUGGCAAGAGCAUCGACGAGCAUAACGAGAUUCUCGGCCUAGAUGCGGCCCUGAAGUACAUCAAUGCGACGCUGGUAAACAAGAACGAUUACAUUACGCUGAAGGACAUCCUCGAGAUACACCGGCGAGUGCUCGGACACGUGGAUCCGAUCGAGGGAGGCGAGUUUCGGCGCACGCAGGUGUACGUCGGUGGGCACAUACCGCCCGGGCCGGGUGAUUUGGCCAUCCUGAUGGGACGGUUCGAGAACUGGCUCAACUCGGAGCAGGUGUUUCUGAUGCACCCGGUCAAGUAUGCGGCCAUGGCACACUACAAGCUGGUGCACAUACACCCGUUCAGCGAUGGCAAUGGGCGUACGUCGCGUUUGCUAAUGAACACGCUGCUGAUGCGGGCCGGCUAUCCGCCCGUCAUUAUACAGAAGCAGCAUCGCCACAAGUAUUACAACUUUUUGCAGCUGGCCAACGAGGGUGACAUCCGUCCGUUUGUGCGGUUCAUUGCGGAUUGUACGGAGCGGACGCUCGAUCUGUAUCUGUGGGCUACGAGCGAGCUGUCCCAUCCGGUGCCGCUGCUGGCGCAGGAAAGCAUGGAGGGUAUGCCGUUGAUCUUUAACAGCUUAGGGGGGGAGGAGGGAGACGAUGUUGGGAGCGGCUCGGGGGAUGCGAUACGGAUAGGCGUUAUUUGAUAUUGGCUGCCGGUGGCCCUGGCUGGAACAGUGGCUCUCGGUGCAGCACACCACCACCACCGUCCCAUACUUAGCGCACGCGUGUGGUGAAUGUGUGUGCUGUGUUUUAAUGUGUACAUAGUUUUGUUAUAUUUGCACUCGUAUUUAAAAUGCUGUCUAUUUAUACUAUUAAGCUUGUUAAAUUAUUGCCUGGUUUUAAAAACAAAUCGUCUUCUUGUCGUUACCUUCUACCAACAAAGAAUUAAAACAAAAAUAGUUCAAUUAUUACGGUGAUGAUGAUCAUCAGCGUGUGAAAUGGUGCACCACUCAUGUGAUCGUUAUCGUCUCCGGGACAUCUGCGGUCUGCGAGAAAAGGAAGAUGCUAAAAAACACAUACUCGCAGCACCACAAAACCAAAACGCACAGAGAAAGAGGGUUUAGCAAAGAUUAUCUUCGUAGCCCUGCACAAGCGCACUCAAAUAGUCAAUCGAAACUACAAAUGUGAGUCCUAUUUUUUGUGAUACUGUGAUUUUUUUUAAAAGAUACAUACUAUAAUGUUGGUAAAUUCAAAGUGUACAAUAAACUAGCAAAUUUUAAACAUCA